AUGACCAACAACACUUCCUGCAGCCUCCCUGGACUCCAGUGUGGGGAGGUUUACACUAUUGGUGUGUCAGGAGUUGAUGACAACUGCACAGGUCAACUGAGUGACACUGUCUCUUUAAACACAGAGCCAUGUUCUCCCUCUAAUGUAUCCAGUCAGCGGAUGUGUAGCGCUGCCACUGCGCAGGUAUCCUGGCCACCUAGUGCCAACGCAGUGAGCUAUACCCUGGAAGCCAUCAGCAGCGGACAGAACCUCACCUGCAGCAGCUCCAGCCCAAACUGCACCCUGAGUAACCUGGUCUGUGGACAGGCCUACGACAUCCUUGUGACUGCCACUGAUGGCACAUGCGUCAGCAACUACAGUGCCCCCUUCAGACAAAACCCAGUACCAUGCCCUCCAGAGGACUUCAGUACGAGCCUGAUGUGUGGCACGAAUGAUGCAACGGUCAGCUGGAACAUUUCUUCGGCUGUGCCCCUCAACUACAGUGUCGCUGCCGUGCCUCUGGCUGAAAAUAUCAGUUCAGUCUUAUGCCAAACUAGCAGUGGCAGCUGUAGGCUGAUCGGUCUUCAGUGUGGAGAGACUUAUAAUGUGUCUGUCAAAGCUUCCUCUGGCAGCUGCAGUGGACAAUUUAGCCCCCCACAGACUGUUGAGACAGCACCCUGCCCCCCUCAGAGUUUAACAGCAGUGACAGACUGUGGCACAAACUCUGUCCUGGCGUCCUGGAACGCCUCGGUUGGUGCCACCUCCUACGCAGCGACAGUGAUGGGCCCCAACGGCUUCUCUGAAACCUGCUCCUCUUCAAACCUCACAUGCUCUGUCUCCGGCCUGCAGUGUGCCAGCCAGUACAACGUUACAGUGAAAUCCCAGGGGAACUGCAUCAGCUCUCCCAGUCAAACUGUUGUGAUAACAGGACCAUGUGACCCUAUCAAUGUGACCAGUGUCCUCCAGUGCGGUUCGGAUGCAGCCACGGUGUCCUGGGAAGCUGCUGCCGGGGCCGUGGCCUACACUGUACUCGCUCGAGAGGAAAGCUCUCCGUAUUAUACUUCCUGUAGGAGCAAUAUGACUUCCUGUCAGCUGAAGCAGCUGCAGUGCGGAAAGGUUUACAACCUGACUGUGAUUGCUGAGGAUGCCACCUGUAACAGCACUGGAAGCAUCAGUACAAUCCUGAUGACAGCUCCCUGCUCUCCCUCAAUCCAGAACAGCAGCCUCAUCUGUGGCACCAAUUCUUCCUCUCUGUCAUGGACGCCGAUGGCUGAUGUCACAAGUUACGUAGUUAAUGCGACAGCACCAAACGGGCACACAGUUUCAUGCAGCUCAGCUACUGCUACAUGCACCCUGACAGAUCUGCUCUGCAGUCAAACCUACAUGACCACAGUCAUUGCACGAGGAAGCCAGUGCGACAGUGCACCUGGCUCAAGCACCAACAUUACCACAGCCCCCUGUUCUCCAAGAAUUGUAUCAAAGCAAUAUACGUGUGGCAGCAACACAGCAGAGUUCAGUUGGACUGACCCUGUGGGACACCUCAGCUUCCUGGCUCAGGUAGCAGGAGGAGGCUAUCAGGAUAGCUGCCAGACAACAAACACUAGUUGUUCAUUCCACAAUCUUCCCUGUGGCUUGGAUUUAAAUGUAACAGUCCAGGCUCAGGGGGAGGAGUGCAUCAGCACCCCCAGUGUCAGCGAAUCUCUGGAAACAGUCCCGUGUGCCCCGCAGAAUGUUAGCGCCACACUGGUUUGUUUCAACCACUCAGCCCUGGUCUGGUGGGUAGGAAGCCCCGGUGCUGUGGGAUACAAUGUGACAGUGACGGGCAGGGAUGGACACGCACACCACUGCCACACCAACACUACCAGCUGUCCACUACCUGACAUCCACUGCGGUGAAACCUAUAACAUCACCGUCACACCAUACUCUGAGACAUGCACAGGACAACAAAGUGCAGUUUACAUCUUUAAAGCAGGUCUUUGCGCUCCCAGUAAUGUCACUGUGUCUCUGGCUUGUGACGACAGCACUGUCUCAUGGUCUCAUGUAACAGGGGCUGAGAUGUACAUUGCAACAGCAACUGCAAAUGAUGGACACAAUCACACUUGCAGUUCUAACUAUUCCAACUCGUGCAAUUUCACUGACCUCCACUGUGGGGAAACCUAUAAUGUUACUGUUGUGACUGUAGACAGAGGCUGCUGGAGCGAGCCCAGCUCAGCCGUGGAGCUGAGAACAGCUCUGUGUCCACCUACCAACUUGCUGGGCCAAGUUAGUUGCGAUGAUAACACCCUGAGCCUCACAUGGGACCAGAGUCAGGUGUCAGGGACCAACUACACUUUACACACUGAGAGGAUAGGCACACACACUCCUUCAGUGCUCACUACCUCUAAUACCUCACACACUUUGACCAACCUGCUGUGUGGACAGAGAUAUGCUUUCCGCGUGGCAGCACAGGAUGGAAACUGCCGCAGCAGCUACAGUCCGCCCAUAGAAAUAAGCACAGCUCCUUGUCAGCCAACCAACCUGACUGCUCAUGUGGACUGUGGGACAAACAGAGGGAACUUCUCCUGGUCUGAGAGCAGUGGAGCAGCUUUCUACACUGUGGAGGUGACGGGAGAGCACGGACACGUCACAUCCUGCUCCUCCAAUGACACCUCCUGCGCUGUGAGACUUCCCUGUGGCAGGGAGUACACAGCUACACUGGUAGCUUCCACUAACAGCUGCAACAGCAGCAAACAUGCUGACAUUACUUUUGAGUCCGCUCCCUGUCUCCCAGAUGAUGUCUCAGCCAAGUUAGAGUGUGAUACCAACGUGAUGAAUGUGAGUUGGGCACAGACCCCCGGCUCAGAUGAUUACACCGCCUGGGCCAUCAGCACCGAUGGACACAGAGCCUCCUGUAAUUCAACCUCCAACUUCUGCUCCAUUCAUGACCUGCUGUGUGGAAAGCUCUACGAGGUGGCUGUCACCUCCUCCUCCAUUCACUGCGAAAUCAUAGCUGGAUCUGACUACAAGGUUCAGUCUGCUCCGUGUAAACCUGAGAACACCACUGUCGAGGAGAACUGUAGCAGCAACGUCAUGACAGUGAAGUGGAACGAGCACAGCAGCACAACACAGAACUACACUGUUAAAGCCAUGUCUGCAUCAGGUGUAAACUCCACCUGCGACUCCACUGAGAGCCGCUGCUCCUUCCUGAACCUGACCUGUGGUCAGCUCUACACUUUCACUGUGAUGGGACACACCAAUGUGUGCAUGAGCGAGAUGAGCACUCCUAUAGAGAAGCUCUCAGCCCCAUGCCCUCCCACCAAUGUGUCAGCUGGACUGAAUUGUACUACACUUAAUGCUGUGGUGAGCUGGAGUAGCGCCAUUACUCUGUUGUAG